AUGUUGGCGGAAGGGCGGCUGUUGAUGAAAGACUACAACGUGACGAUGGAGGAGUUUGUUUUGGAUGUCGAUUUUUACGUAGAAGACAUACAGCUUCUUGUUAAAAUUUUAUUCUUGCAGGAGUGCAAGGUGCAGAAAGAUGUUUGCAGACUGCAUAGAAAGGGAAUUUACACACUUGCUUUUUGGAAGGAGUUUCGCCACUUAAAGGAGUUUAAUAUUUGGUCUAACUCUAAAGAAAGGUUGACCGCGGCUGUGAACGCUGCUGACAGCGCCGAGGUGGAAAUUCAAGUGAGCCAUGAAUGA